AUGGGGUUGCAUGGGUGCAGCACCAACGGCCACCUAGAUCACUCCAAAUUCCGCGAGCCAAUGCCAUGGAACGGUCUCUAUGUAGCAGCUGCUUCUCUGGCAUGCACCCUAGCCAUGGCCUGCGACACCUUUCGUGGCCUCUGUCACCAGAAUCUUUGGUUCCCUAGCAGAAACUUUUCACUGAACGCAACUUCCUUGGCCCUGUUAGGCAUCGCAGCAAAACUACCCAUCGAUCUCAAUACAUCCAUGCCCCACCGCCAGGAUCAGCUGGCCAAGUUCAGUGGCACCAUCCUCAUCUGCACCGUGAUGGGCAACUUCAUGCCGUCUUUAGGAGCAAUGGAAGAGUCCGAGAUGCUCAUGAACUUAUUCGCCCUGUGCAUUCUCGUCAUCACUGUAGUUGUCAACAUUGAAAUCCAAAUGGGUACUGGUGUGAUUUAUGUUUUCAUACCCGAACACGCCACAAUCGUGUUUCUCAUGCUAAUUCUGCUUGUGAUUUUGGGGUGCUCAGCUUUAACAGCUCCCACCACUAAGCAGCUGCUAGAACAACAGUUCAAAUGCAAACAUGGAUGGGCUUCUGAUAACGGAUCAGAAGAGGUCGGGGUGUCUACUGUUGAGAAACAGAAAGAGGAUUUGAAGAACUAUUGGGUGAUGGCUGUUACCUGUAAUCCUCAGUAUGUUCUCGCUCGUUCUGCGUUGUCAACUGCUUCGAGAGCUUUCUGUCUCCUUGCUGCUCUGAUCUUAGGGGAAGCAGUGGUCCAGUCGCUUGGCACAGGAUCUUUCGACUUCUGCAGUGGGGAAUCCGACUACAAGUGGUCAAGUACGUUGGUUUUGAUAUCUCAGGGGGUUGCAGUAGCGGUGGGCACCAUCGCCCCUGCUCUUAGAUGGUUCAAUGCUGUUGGUUUCCACAACCUUCAUAGAAGAGCAAGGAGCUUCAGACAGGAGUUCCAAGUAGAGAGGUGGUGGAUUCUACGAUUCAUAGAAGCCAAAGAUAAGCAUUUGCCUUUUUGGGAUCAGCAGCAUGAGCAGCAGGCGCGUUAG